CGGAGCUGGGUGAGUGGCCCGGGUCGCCGGCCGAGGGUCUACGGCUCGGCGCUCCCCGCGCCCUGCUGCCCUUCCGCGUCCUUUUCCACCUUCGCCUUCUCUACCUGGUCCUCCUUCUGUUUCCGCUCUCCCGUCUCCUCCUCCCUGACCCUGGCCCGGCCUGGUGCGGCCGCCGGCCUGUGUCCUCCGCCCGCAGACGGUCCUCCCGUGGGGCCCAAACCCGUGUGUCCCCCUCCUCGCCUGGCACGCCGUCCGCGGUGUCUGCCGCUGAAUCGGUUGUUUUAGAAAACCCGAGGGUCUUGUUACACUUGCGCGGCCCAGGUGGGGACCGCCACCACGUGUGGAACCUGGAAGCGACGGGGCGGGGGCGCCUCCUGGUGACGCUCGGACUCCGGCUACCUGUUGACUCGGGGCUCCGGGAACACCGGACUGAGUGACGCAUGUGCGUGUCGGGGUGGCUGCUGGAAACGUUCAGGCGCCGUGUGGCUCCCGUUGUAUUUGUAUCGGGGCGCGCUGUAUUCUAACAUUUCUGCCUCGAUCCAGCUGCUGCUGUCGUUUCAGUUCGUUCUUAUUUGUCUUAAAACAUGACUGUAAAUUCUACCCACACUCUUGUCCUUUGGAAUCCCUGGGUGGCACAGAUUGUUCUCGACUACUAACCGAAGGGACGACAGUUUGAACCCACCCAGAGAUGCCUCGGAAGAAAGGCCUGGUGAUCUCCUUCUAAAAGGUCAGAGCCUUGAAAACCCUAUGGAGAGAGUUCUGCCCCGCACAUGUGGGGUAACCAUGAGGCUGAAUGAACUCUACAACAACUGACACAACUGUUACCCUUUACGGAUUUGAUUGUCAACUAGAACUUGGGGGAGUUCAGAGAUGCUUUAAUCGGAUUGAACAUGUUCCGUGCAGUCUUUUUUUUAAUGUAUUUCUGAACUGCCCCAGAUCACUGAGUGUUUUGGUAUAAUGUUGAAAGGCAGCUGUGUCUGGCCUCACACAAUCUAGGCUCAGAUUUAAAAGUUUCCUUGAAGCGGCAGUUGGAGUCAAUAUUUGGAGAAUUUUGGACGUACUUCCUGCCUCGGUUGUAGUUUACCGAUUUGUAUUUGGGUUAAGCACGGUCUGUAGUGGCUCUUUGUCUGGAUCCUGUUUGCCAAGACAUACAGGUAGGUGAUCAUACAGGUUGGUGAGUGACUGGAUUAACACAGCAGGGAGGAUCCGGAAUCUAGAUGAAGUGUCUGGAAUUACCAGUCCCCAAAUGGGGUCUCACAUCCUUACUUAAAACCUUUAUUUGUGCUAUGAAAAGAGACAUGCAUGUUUAAAUCAGCUGUCCUCAAUCCUGGCUGAUUUGACUGGUCUGGGGUGAGGCCCUAGCAUGUUUAUUUAUAAGAUUUUUAAUGUUAUUUUUAUAGAUUCCCUCAGUGCAGCUUGGAUUAGAAACCAUGGGUUUAAGUGUCAUUAGGUUCCCCGGCUGUAGUCUUACAAUAAAACAUUAGUCACUGCUCUGAGCCGUAGUGAUCUGACGGGUCACUUGUUUCCAGAGUUCAUGUUCGUUGGCCCUUGGCAUGCUGUACAUACGAACAGCCUAGUUACAGAAUGCCUUCCUUUUUUGAAAAAUAGCUGUUUAGUUAGUUUGAAAAGACAUUUAUUUGCUUUCCCUCUUCCUUUUAGUUGAAAAGUAUUCAGUUUUACAUUUGGUAGAAACAAGCCCUUAUGCUUGGUGUUUAUAGGUAACACACAUUUUUAAUUCUAGUUGAGUUUAAUAUUGACACUUUGCACAUAGCAUGGUUUGUGAUGUUCUGUAAAUCUGAUUGUUCUCCAAGAAAUAAGCCACAUGUGUAAGUAGGCCUGAAACUAUCUACGAAUGAGCCUUCUAAUAGGCAGAAUGUUGUCGUUUGCCACCAUCGAGUCAUCUCCGACCCCUGGUGGGUGACCUUACAUACAACAGAAUGAAACAUAGCCCAGCCCUGCAUCACCCUGCUGAUCACCAGCAUGUUCAAGCCCGUCGUUGCAGCCUCUGUGCCAGCUCAUCUCACCAAGGGUCUCGCUCAUCCUUGCUGGCCCUCUACCGCACCAGACAUGAUGUCCACCUGAUGACGUGUCUAAAGCAAGCAAGUCGGACAGCGUUCUGUUGUGAUCCAUAGAGUUUUCAUUGGCUUAUUUUCAGAAGUAGAUCGGCAGGCCUUUCUGCCUCGUCGUCUUGGUCUGGAAUCUCCGCUGAAACCUGUCCACCAUGGGUGACACUGCUGGUAUUUGAAAUACCGGAGGCAUAUAGAUUCCAGCAUCACAGCCACAUACAGGCCAUCAUGUAAAACACACUGACAGACGGGGAUGGAAUAGACAGAAUAGCGAUCGUCGAUCUGUAGGACGCAAGCUUGUGUAGUUCUCAAGAUUUGACUUGCUGCCGCUGCUCUCAGGGGUUGGCAUGUAAAUGCCUGCCCCGUGACUGACUGAUCAGCAGAACUGGAACUUCCAGAAAAUAGGCACGUGCUCCUUGUUUUGAACCAAUGCUUUAAUGACUGUUGUUGUGGGCGUUUUGUUAUUAAUUUAGUUUUUAAGUGGCAGGCUACUCAGCUGAGGUUGUGACAAUGGAGCUCUCUCGCCGCGUGUGUCUGGGGCCGGGACGUGCACUCUGGUCAUGAACGGGCGCGGCAGGAGGGGGCUGUGUGGUGAUCCCUUGGGAUAAGUACCUACAAUUCUCUCCAUCCACGCAGACACAGCACGGCAUUGUAUGCUUCCGAGCACCCAGGUCAUCGAGUCUUUGGGGGGUAACCUGUACGGUUUCUCCCUGAGAUCCUUGAAGAGUAAGGUAACCACUGCACAUAUGUGCCCCGUGCUUUAAAGUGACCCAUGACGGGAAUUAGGGCAACUGUCCUGUUGUGUCAAACUGGUGAAGGCGUGGGCCCACAUCCAGAGUUCUGGGAGCAUAUGUGUGCAUGUGUGUGUACGUGUGUGUGCGUGUGUUUGUGAGAACGACCUGAGUGACCAGUUUCAAGAGUGGCUUCUGCAGGCCAGUGAGGUGGUUGUCUGUCUUGGUGUGUAGAUGUUUACUUCCUGGCCCCCACCCCUGCACACAGCCCCGUGUGGCCCCUGUUGGGGUAGUUCGUGUCCCCAGGAUGUGGCUGGGGGUUCCGUUUGGUUGUCUGGUUGUGUGCAUCGUUUUGAGGUUAAUGGAAGAGCCAACCAUUCAUGUCCUUGCCUGCACUUGCCCUGUCUUCCCAAACACCAUCAUGCCAAGUCCCCUCAUAGCCUGCUGGGCUAUUAUGUCACCUGUACUUUUGUGUAUUGGGUGUUUUCCUCAUUUGGCUUUUUAAAAUUCGCCCUCGUCCAACGGAGUUUUGGCUGGAAGGUGCAGACGAGAUUGAUUGGUGUGUUUUCUGGUAAUCAUUAAGGUGAGCAAGUAGCCAGUGAAAUAAAGCAUGUGGACUCCACGUAAUGUCACACUCCGGGAGGCCCCAGAGCUGGCUUUGUAGGUGUCGGGAAGUUCUCCUCCCGGCCCAGGCUCUGAGCUGCUCAGACGGCUUGGCCGUCCUUACUCCUGAGCAUGCACACAUCUGUCCUUGCCGUCAUCUGUCCUUGUCAUCGUGUUCUGUGUCUGCAGUUCCCUGCCAGGCUUGUGGCCUCUUUGGGCACCAUCCCUGUGCAGCUUGAGAAACCAGCUCCCAGCGUCCCGCAGUUUGUUUGGCGGGAGCUCAGAGGGAACAAGGCCCAGGUCAGAGGCAGUGCUUGUGCUUGCCCGGUCUGCCCCACCGUGGGAAGGGGAGGGGGGCUGGGGAGGCAUGAGGACUCAGCGGGGCUGUACUCACAGUGGUUCUUGCUCCCCGGGGGGACACUGGUGCACCCGCGGUACCUGCCCUAUAAAUGUGCCUUCCCGGCUCUCCUCACAUGAUGGUGAGCCUUCCAGACCUUCAUGCAGACAUCUCCUGCCGACAGAUCCACCGCUCAAGGAGCAAAGUUAUGCUGCUUCCCCCGUCCCUUCUGCUGGAGGCAGGAGCUGCUCUCUGGUCCUUCCUGUGUGGCAUAGCCAGGCUCACUCCCUGCCCGUGAAGCACUGGCCAAGCCCGCAGACUGGCCAGGUGCCCAGCAGUACCAGGUACAUGUCACAGGGUAAACACACAGAAGCCCGCGAGCUGAUGUACUCAGGGGCACUGCUGUUCUUCAGCCAUGGUCAGCAGAACAGCGCCGCAGACCUGUCCAUGCUGGUCCUGGAGUCUCUGGAGAAGGCGGAGGUGGACGUGGCUGACGAGCUGCUGGGAAACCUGGCCAAGCUGUUCAGUUUGAUGGAUCCCAACUCCCCGGAGCGAGUGGCAUUUGUGUCCCGAGCCCUGAAGUGGUCUGGAGGCGGGUCCGGGAAGCUAGGCCACCCCAGGCUGCACCAGCUGCUGGCCCUCACCCUGUGGAAAGAACAAAACUAUUGUGAAUCUCGGUACCACUUCCUGCAUUCUGCCGACGGAGAGGGAUGUGCCAACAUGCUAGUGGAGUACUCAACGUCGCGGGGCUUCCGCAGCGAGGUGGACAUGUUUGUGGCCCAGGCCGUGCUCCAGCCACACACCCAAGGAACUCCUUUUCAACUGAUUGGCUAACAGCAGAUUCCAUCAUGGAGGUGAUCACAUUUUAUCAAAUCUCAUCAUGGAAGUGAUCAUAGCAUCAUACAGCUGCAAAACUACAUCAUAACUGCCAAACCACAGAGAAUCAAGGCUCAGCCAAGUUGACACACAAUCCUAACCAUCACAGUGGACAUCUGUAGACAUCACCCCAACUCCUGUUAGCACUUCACUGUGUGGGGCUGUUGAAUGAGCUGGGGCAUUGGGUCCCAGGGCAGGAGCCCCUCUGAUGGGGGAGGGGCAGCCUGCCUGAAGGCCUCCUGAGCUCUGGUUUUCCAAACUUUAGCCUUUGCGCCUUUUCUAAUGGAAAUGCUCACAUGUGGUCCAGUUUACUUCUUCCCAUGAAAGCCUUGAUUUGGUUGGCUGGUGUUGGAAUCAUACAUUUUCGUGGAAUCUGGGGCAGGACUCGGCCAGGGUGCUUGCUGUAUUCUGCUGCCCCCAUCCCGUGCUGCCGCACUACCACGUGACGGGUUAUUACUGACUUCUGUGACUCUAAAAAGGAAAAACUAUUGUUUAAUAUCCCACACUCACGGGCCCUGCUUUCAUGGUAUGUGGUUCAAGUGUUUAUAAAAUCGCUCAAUUCCUUUCUUCCUUGUUCCUCCUUAUACCCUAAAACAUUGCCCGACUUCACUAAAAAAGACAUUCAGGUAGUGCCGAUAACAGAUAUGAGGAAAUGCUCAUGAUCAUUAGCCAUUAGAGAAAUACAAAUCAAAAUGACAGUGAGAUGCCAUCUCACUCCAACAAGGCUGGCAUUAAUCCAAAAAACACAAAAUAAUAAAUGUUGGAGAGACUGGAACAAUUAUACACUGUUGGUGGGAAUGUAAAAUGGUACAACCACUUUGGAAGUUGAUUUGGUGUUUCCUUAAAAAGCUAGAAAUAGAAGUACCAUAUCAUCUAGCAAUCCCACUCUUUGGAAUAUAUCCUAGAGAAAUAAUAGCCUUUACACGAACAGAUACAUGCACACCCAUGUUCAUUGCGGCAUUGUUUACAAUAGCAAAAAGAUGGAAGCAACCAAGGUGCCCAUUAACGGAUGAAUGGAUAAAUAAAUUAUGGUAUAUUCACACAAUGGAAUACUACACAUCAAUAAAGAACAAUAGUGAAUCCAUAAAACAUUCGUAACAUGGAGGAAUCUGGAAGGCACUAUGCUGAGUGAAAUUUUUCAGUUGCAAAAGGACAAAUAUUAUAUGAGGCCACUAUUAUAGGAACUCAAAAAAUAGUUUAAGCGGACAAGAAAAUAUUCUUUCAUGGUUACGAGAGCAGGGAGGGAGGAAGGGAGAGGGGUUUUUCACUAAUUAGAUAGUAGAUAAGAACUAUUUUAGGUGAAGGGAGAGACAAUGCACAGUACAGGAGAGGUCAGCACAACUGGACUAAACCAAGAGCAAAGAAGUUUCCUGAAUAAACUGAGUGCUUCGAAGGCCAGCAUAGCAGGGGCGGGGGUUUGGGGACCAUGGUUUCAGGUGACAUCUAAGUCAAUUGGCAUAAUAAAAUAUGUUAAGAAAACAUUCUGCAUCCCAUUUGGGAGAGUGGUGUCUGGGGUCUUAAAUGCUAGCAAGUGGCCAUCUGAGAUGCAUCAAUGGGUCUCAACCCACCUGGAGCAAAGGAGAAUGAAGAACACCAAAGACACAAGGUAAUUAUGAGCCCAGGAGAUGGAAAAGGCCACAUAAACCAGAGACUACGUCAGCCUGAGACCAGAAGAACUAGAUGGUGCCCGGCUACAACUGAUGACUGCCCUGACAGGGAACACAACAGAGAGCCCCUGAGGGAACAGGAGAGCAGUGGGAUGCAGACCUCAAAUUCUUGUAAAAAGACCAGAAUUAAUGGUCUGACCGAGACUGGAAGGACCCCAGAGGUCAUGGUCCUCAGACCUUCUGUUAGGCCAAGACAGGAACCAUUCCCAAAGCCAACUCUUCAGACAGGGAUUGGACUGGGCUGUGGGAUAGAAGAUGAUACCGGUGAAGAGUGAGCUUCUUGGAUCAAGUAGACACGUGAGACUAUGUGGGCAGCCCCUGUCUAGAGAGGAGAGGAGAGGAGAGGACAGGGGAUCAGAGCUGGCCGAAUGGUCACGAAAAUAGAGAGUGGAGGGAAGGAGUGUGCUGUCUCGUUAGAGGAAGAGCAGCUAGGAGUAUAUAGCAAAGUGUAUAUAAGUUUUUGUAUGAGAGACUGACUUGGUUUGUAAACAUUUACUUAAAGCACAAUAAAAAUUGAAGAAAAAAAAAAAGCAUUGCCUGGGGGUGGGUAGCAUCUUGGUAAAGUCCAGCUGGGAAAGGUGCUCAGUGGAGCAGGAACCAGAGCCUGCCCCAGCCCAGCAUAGCACUGGAGCCUCUAAGCUACCUUCCUUUGGCCCUCAGCCUCUGGGCUUUCUCUUCUCAGGUGGCAGAUGCCUAACAGAGUAAAUAGGUAAACAGGUGUUUGGAGAGAGUAGAAGUGGAGCUCCGUGAAUCAGGGGAAAUGGGCUCAAGUUUUCGCCCCACCAAUUUGUAGCAUUGUUGACCUUGAACCCACUGUGUGACCUUCGUGAAUGUAAUUCACAGAGCUUUUGUUCAGUGAGGGACCUGGUGUCUGGUGAGCACUCCAUGGGUUGGACCUGCGGUUCUAUUGUGGGGCUGCCUGGCACACAAAUCCCCAGCCCAAGGCAGGAAACCUGGGAGUGGCUGGUGGCCCUUUCCCUACACAGUGGUGGCUGCAGAGAGCUAAGGCUAUCUGCCCCGUAUGGCUGGGUGUGUGCAAUGCCCACGUGGAUGUGGGUGGACAGCCCAUCUCUUCAGAGUUUCCACUAAACUUACUAGGCAACUCUUAU